GCGUCCUGGCCAUCGUCAUCGCGGCGACCGUGUCCACCUCCGUCUUCAUCGUGGCCAUCCUCAUCCUCCUGCUGCUCCUCUACCACCGGGACCCGAUGUGCUGCCAGUUCCUCUGCUCCUGCCGCCUGUUCCAGACCCCCAGCCCGUAUGUGAGUGUCCCCCCGCGGCCCCCAGCAGGGCUCCCCGGUGCUGGGGGGCCGCAGCGCUCGGCUCGCUGGAGACCAGUGAUGGGACCCGGGGGAAUGGCAGGAAGGUGCCAGGGAAGGGUUGGGUUGGACGUUAGGAGAAGGUUCUUCUCCCAGAGGGUAGUGGAGCACUGGAGCAGCUCCCAGGGAAGCAGGCACGGCCCCGAGCCUGACAAUAUUCCAGCACAGUUUGGCCAACACCCUCAGCCCCACGAUGAGUGUUGGGGUGUCCUGUGCAGGGACGGGAGUUGGACUCAAUGAUCCGUGUGAGUCCCUUCCAGCUCGAGACCUUCUGUGAUUCUGUGACCCAGAGCAAAGCCAGGCUCUGCCUCCUCCUUGUUCCCACUCUGUCCAAGAGCUCCAUCCUCCCAUCCCUGUGCCCUGCGGGUGGGACAACACCCCCGAGACCCAGCACCCGGAUUCCCCAGCUCCACACAGCUCAGAGGGGUCGGCACGGCCGUGUGCGGGGCCAGGCUCUGCUCAGCAGGGAGGGGGCUGGAUGGUGGUGAGGGCAGACAAAGCCACUCGUGGCCCCAGCAACCGUCUCUCUGGUACGGCAGCGAGACACAAAGCGACACAAAGCCCCCAUGCCUGCCGCUGUAAUUUCCCAGGGCUGCUUUUCCAGCAGGGAAGCUGGGGAUGGAAAAAGAGCGGUGUGUUCAACCAGUGCUGCCUUUGGGGUGGGGGAAGCUCAGCUUCCAAAGGCCCCAGAGAUGGAUGCAAGGGGAGGGCAGCAGGCACCGCUUCGGAGUCUCCGGGAGGAGAGGGGACACCCAGCCUCGGCUCGGGGGACGGACAGACUUGGACUGGGAAUGGGGAAUUUCAUAGCGCAGCGUGGGCUGGGAAGGUCGCAGGGGGAAUGGGCUGCGCUGCCGGUGUCCCUGCCCGCUUCACCGCAUCCGCUCCUUUCCCUGUCUCCCUUCCUGCUCUCUGUUCGGGACACGCGGGCAGGAGAGGGCCUGGGCACCGCACUCCUCGCGCUGCGGAGCCCCUGCGCGGGAUGUGCCGUGAGCCUCGGGGCUGGCUUGUGGGUGGGCGGUUAACGGAGAUGGCACCGCGCCUUUAGCAAAGGGCUGUGGACAGAUGGAUGGAGAUGCUGAGAACUAUAAAUGGAAAGGGGAUGGAUACAGGAUGCGUUUCCAUCAGUGAAGCGUCUGCCGUGGUGUGAGGCAGCUUUCAGGCAGGUGCGGUUGUGCUGGUUGUGCUAAUUAGUGAUUAAAACAAACAAUUGCACCCCAAGCCAUCCCUGUUUCCUGCUGUUUCUCUCCUUGUGCCGCGGCUCCAAGACAAACAGUUCCUCGGUUGUUAAGAGCAAAAAGGAAUCUGUCAUUCACCGGCUCCCGGGCUGCUCUGAGAGUCUCAGGGUUUCUGCCGGCAGAGCUGGGGCUUCGCUGAGAGUGAGGAAUGGCCUGGAGCUCCAGGGCUGCUCUCCAUGGAAGGGAUCCCUGCGGUUGCUCAGCGCUGUGCCAGGGAUUGAGCUCAGCUGGAGCAGGACAGCCAUGGCUCUGCACAUUUGCUCACCACGCUGUCCUGGUGUGACUCUCGGUAGAUAAGUGUUUACACAUCCUGUAACCCUGAGCAUGUGAUGGAGCUCUCAUCUGCGCUAGCGGCAUUGUUGGUGUGGGUUUUUGAUGUCUCCAAAGAGAGAUCGUUCUGCUGAGUCUGGAUGCAGCUCUGCUCUGGGACCAGGCUGCCACCUCCCUCCCUGCUGGCUGUCCCUGCCGUCCCCAUCCCCGCUGGCUGUGGCCACUGUCCCCAUCAGCCGUGGCGGCCAACCCUGCCCAGGGUCCCCCUUCCCAGACCGCCCCGGCUGAGCUCCUCUUGCUGCCAGGUGGGAUGUGAGGGGUCUCUGCUUUGCUCUCCUCCUCCUCCCCGGCCCCUCUCGUUCCAGGAUCGCCCACCUCCCUACUUCAGCAGCAGCAGCCAGCGGCUGGUGGGGCCCCAGCGUGGAGCGUCGCGCCUGGAGAGCGCUGCCGAGAACCCCGGCCUGCAGGGAGACGAGGUGUUCUGUGUGGGACGCCCCAGCAGCUACCAGCUGCCUUCCUGGGAGCAGCCCUGCUUACCAAGCUACGAGAGCGUGCGGAAGAAAGAUCGCCAGCGGGAAAUCCAUCAGAUGAUCGCCGAGCGGUUUGGGCUGUGGGCAGAGCCUGCCCAGGAGCUGCCACCUCCCUACGAGCACGCUCUGAGGCAUCCUCCAGCUUUCUCAGGGACAGGGAUGAUCUCAGAGACCUUGGACAGACGUGGAGUGCCAGACCCUUUCCAGGGAGCGGCCAGAACUCAGACCUCCACCAAACUCGCCAUCCACCGAGACACAGGCGAGGCAGACCCUGCCAUCGGAGCGGUCCCUUGCACAGCACAAGGACACCCGCAGAACCACCACUGGGGACUGCGCUGGGAGCGCAGCAGCCAGCGAUGUGGCUCCCUCUUCUCUGGCAAACAUACUGUUACCAAGGGUAAUGGAGCAGCUGCUUCCGCACAGGACAAAGAGGAGGUGAGGGCCUGCUCAGCCGGAGCUCCUCCAGGCAGCUGGAGUUUCGGACCUCUGUGAGGCACACACUGCCCGCGUGCCAAGGAUCCGACCUCAGACACUGGCCAUGGUGUGCUACGUCACCUCUUUCUUAGCUUGUAAUAUUUUACUUUAUCAGCGUAUCAGCUCGCAGGUGGGAAUCCUCAGCUGCGAGUGGCAGAACGGAUCUGUACAGGAGCAUCGCUGUGCGCUCCCACAGCAACAGCGUGAGAGUGGCUCAGGGCAGCUCUGUACAGACUCCGGAGUGAUGGGGAGAGGGCCCAGGGCUGUGUCCCCGGCAGCACACAAAUACUGAGCGCUGAGAGGAACCGUGGGAUUGGAUACAGACACUGGGAAAGGACCAAAUUAUGGAUAAAACAGGUGGUGGUUCCUGUGGAGAACAAGAAGCAAAGGCAGACAGGUGCGGCUGGCCCAGUCUCUCCUCCUCUACAGAGCAGACGGUCCAGCAGCACCAGCACUGGUGGCCUUACACCAUUGAUUCCAUAAUGUGUUUUCUACUGCAGAGCCCAAGUUUCCAUUUGUUUACAAACCUGUAGAUAAAAUAAGGUCA